AUUGUUAGAAAAUUACAUACAUAUGUACAUAUGUAUGUAAAUAAAUUAUACAUAAAAAUGUGAAACGUAUAUGAAUGUAUGUACAUUUAAAAUAUUAUUGGUUCUUCACCAGAAAAUCUGUUCUGCAUGGUGGUGUCUGCAACAUUCAAAUUUUCAAGAAAUUAUUAAAAAUAUUAAAAUAGAAAACAUGGAUGAUUUUAAUAUUAUUAAGAAAGCAAAAUCUAGAUAUGCGUAUUGGACAAAAAAUGGCGAGAUUCGAUGCUGUACAACUGACCGAAAAACCCAACACAAGAUGUUGUAUCUCAUUCCAAAAUGUUGGCCAUCUAAUUUUAUUAAAAAUGAAACUACUAGUCAGGUCAACCAGACUAUUUCUACAGCACAAGAAAAUAAAAGAAUUUUAAGUACGAGUUCAUUGGGCUCCUUGCGGCACUCUGAAAAAAUUAUGCAUGUAGAUGAGGACUUGUGCUUCUAAUUAACAUGUUUUUCUAGUAGUAACAAUAAAAAGAAAUAAUCAUUAAAUUAACUAAAAAACGAAUUUUCAUGGGUUACUUUUUUAUGUAUUAUCAAAAAACAAAAAAUAAUAAUAAUAACAUUACCAAUAUAAUAACAAAAGA